AUAAAAAAAGUUUAUUAAAAGUUUAUACAUCAUUAGUUUUUUUUUUUAUCUUUAUCCCAUAAAUAUGAUUAAAUUCUUUAAUGAUAUCGUGGUAUCAUUUACUCCUUCUUGCUUGCAACUUCCUUGUAUUUUCGAUAUUAGGAAUCAUGUCAUUAUAUGAUAAUAAUACGGAAAUUAUCGAUCUUGCAAUGGACAUAGAUUCUGAUCAUGCUAAUAGUCCUCCUCCUCAAAAUUCUUGUCCUAAACUUAUAUCUUCGCCUAAUUCUAUAUAUAUUUAUCCUAUUCAUUCAUAUGCUUCUCAAAGACUUAAUUCUAAUCCUUUACCUAAUCCUUCUCCAGAAUCAUCUACAUCUAAAGCUAUUUUUUCAUCAAAACAAUCUAAUCAUGUCAAUAAAUAUAAACAUAAAUCUAUACAAAAGAAAUUACGAGUGGGCAAAGAUAAUAGCUUAAAAGAUUUUAUUGUGGAUGAUAGUGAAAUUGAAGAGGAAGAAGUUGCUAAAGGAUCUGCGAUUUCUGUUAAAAAAUGUGCGGAAUUGAUACUAGAUCAUAAAUAUGAUGAUGAAAAAUUACUUUAUUUGGUUAAAUGGGAUGAUUCGAAAAGUGAUAAUAGUUGGGAAAAUGCGCAAACUAUAAAUGAUGUUACGAUGUUAACAACUUAUUGGGAAGAAUGGAAAAGGAAAAAAAGACCAAUUGAUCAUCCAUCAACACAACCAAAAAAACGUUCUUAUAAUAGCGAAGAUGAAAUUAACGAUGAUAACGAAGUUAAAAAUGAUAAUGAAGAAGAUAGUGAUAAAUACGAAUUGAUUAAUAGAUAUCCUAAUGCUGUCGCUUAUACCGAUCCUCGUGUUUUGAUUGAUUGGAAUGAAGAAAUCGAUGAUGUUGAAUCAAUUCAACAUAACGAUUCAGAUCAAUUAAUUGCUUAUGUGUUAUGGAAAUCCGGGUUGAGAAGUAUGCAUUUAUUGGACGAAUUACAUGAAAAGGCUCCAAAAAAG